UCGCGCACGCGCGCCGGGGACUGCCUGCCCCUCUCUGUGACUUGCCUGUGUGUGCGUGUGUGUGUGUGUGUGUGUGUGCGCGCGCGCGCGUGAGUGAGAGAGGAGAGAGGGAGAAGAGAGCGCGAGAGAGGGUGAGUGUGUGUGAGUGCAUGGGAGGGUGCUGAAUAUUCCGAGACACUGGGACCACAGCGGCAGCUCCGCUGAAAACUGCAUUCAGCCAGUCCUCCGGACUUCUGGAGCGGGGACAGGGCGCAGGGCAUCAGCAGCCACCAGCAGGACCUGGGAAAUAGGGAUUCUUCUGCCUUCACUUCAGGUUUUAGCAGCUUGGUGCUAAAUUGCUGUCUCAAAAUGCAGAGGAUCUAAUUUGCAGAGGAAAACAGCCAAAGAAGGAAGAGGAGGAAAAGGAAAAAAAAAGGGGUAUAUUGUGGAUGCUCUACUUUUCUUGGAAAUGCAAAAGAUUAUGCAUAUUUCUGUCCUCCUUUCUCCUGUUUUAUGGGGACUGAUUUUUGGUGUCUCUUCUAACAGCAUACAGAUAGGGGGGCUAUUUCCUAGGGGCGCAGAUCAAGAAUACAGUGCAUUCCGGGUAGGGAUGGUUCAGUUUUCCACUUCGGAGUUCAGAUUGACACCCCACAUCGACAAUUUGGAGGUGGCAAACAGCUUCGCAGUCACCAAUGCUUUCUGCUCCCAGUUUUCGAGAGGAGUCUAUGCUAUUUUUGGAUUUUAUGACAAGAAGUCUGUAAAUACCAUCACAUCAUUUUGUGGAACGCUCCACGUCUCCUUCAUCACUCCCAGCUUCCCAACAGAUGGCACGCAUCCAUUUGUCAUUCAGAUGAGACCUGACCUCAAAGGAGCACUCCUUAGCUUGAUUGAAUACUAUCAAUGGGACAAGUUUGCAUACCUCUAUGACAGUGACCGAGGCUUAUCAACCCUGCAAGCUGUGCUGGAUUCUGCUGCUGAAAAGAAAUGGCAAGUGACUGCUAUCAAUGUGGGAAACAUUAACAAUGAAAAGAAAGAUGAGAUGUACCGAUCCCUUUUUCAAGAUCUGGAGUUAAAAAAGGAACGGCGUGUAAUUCUGGACUGUGAAAGGGAUAAAGUAAACGACAUUGUAGACCAGGUUAUUACCAUUGGAAAACAUGUUAAAGGGUACCACUACAUCAUUGCAAAUCUGGGAUUUACUGAUGGAGACCUAUUAAAAAUCCAAUUUGGAGGUGCGAAUGUCUCUGGAUUUCAGAUAGUGGACUAUGAUGAUUCCUUGGUGUCUAAAUUUAUAGAAAGAUGGUCAACACUGGAAGAAAAAGAAUACCCUGGAGCACAUACAACGACAAUUAAGUAUACUUCUGCUCUCACCUAUGAUGCCGUUCAAGUGAUGACCGAGGCCUUCCGCAACCUACGGAAGCAGAGAAUUGAAAUCUCUCGAAGGGGGAAUGCAGGAGACUGUCUGGCAAACCCAGCAGUGCCCUGGGGACAAGGUGUAGAAAUAGAACGGGCCCUCAAACAGGUUCAGGUUGAAGGUCUCUCAGGAAAUAUAAAGUUUGACCAGAAUGGAAAAAGAAUAAACUAUACAAUUAACAUCAUGGAGCUCAAAACUAAUGGGCCCAGGAAGAUUGGCUACUGGAGUGAAGUGGACAAAAUGGUUGUUACUCUUACUGAGCUCCCUUCUGGAAAUGACACUUCUGGGCUUGAGAAUAAGACUGUUGUUGUCACCACAAUUUUGGAAUCUCCAUAUGUUAUGAUGAAGAAAAAUCAUGAAAUGCUCGAAGGCAAUGAGCGCUAUGAGGGCUACUGUGUUGACCUGGCUGCAGAAAUUGCCAAACAUUGUGGAUUCAAGUACAAGUUGACAAUUGUUGGUGAUGGCAAGUAUGGGGCCAGGGAUGCAGACACGAAAAUUUGGAAUGGGAUGGUUGGAGAACUUGUAUAUGGGAAAGCUGAUAUUGCAAUUGCUCCAUUAACUAUUACCCUUGUGAGAGAAGAGGUGAUUGACUUCUCAAAGCCCUUCAUGAGCCUCGGGAUAUCUAUCAUGAUCAAGAAGCCUCAGAAGUCCAAACCAGGAGUGUUUUCCUUUCUUGAUCCUUUAGCCUAUGAGAUCUGGAUGUGCAUUGUUUUUGCCUACAUUGGGGUCAGUGUAGUUUUAUUCCUGGUCAGCAGAUUUAGCCCCUACGAGUGGCACACUGAGGAGUUUGAAGAUGGAAGAGAAACACAAAGUAGUGAAUCAACUAAUGAAUUUGGGAUUUUUAAUAGUCUCUGGUUUUCCUUGGGUGCCUUUAUGCAGCAAGGAUGCGAUAUUUCGCCAAGAUCCCUCUCUGGGCGCAUUGUUGGAGGUGUGUGGUGGUUCUUUACCCUGAUCAUAAUCUCCUCCUACACGGCUAACUUAGCUGCCUUCCUGACUGUAGAGAGGAUGGUGUCUCCCAUCGAAAGUGCUGAGGAUCUUUCUAAGCAAACAGAAAUUGCUUAUGGAACAUUAGACUCUGGCUCCACUAAAGAGUUUUUCAGGAGAUCUAAAAUUGCAGUGUUUGAUAAAAUGUGGACCUACAUGAGGAGUGCAGAGCCCUCUGUGUUUGUGAGGACUACAGCCGAAGGGGUGGCUAGAGUGCGGAAGUCCAAAGGGAAAUAUGCCUACUUGCUGGAGUCCACGAUGAAUGAGUACAUUGAACAAAGGAAGCCUUGUGACACCAUGAAAGUUGGUGGAAACCUGGAUUCCAAAGGCUAUGGCAUCGCAACCCCUAAAGGAUCCUCAUUAAGAACCCCAGUAAAUCUUGCAGUAUUGAAACUCAGUGAGCAAGGCGUCUUAGACAAGCUGAAAAACAAAUGGUGGUACGAUAAAGGUGAAUGUGGAGCCAAGGACUCUGGAAGUAAGGAAAAGACCAGUGCCCUCAGUCUGAGCAACGUUGCUGGAGUAUUCUACAUCCUUGUCGGGGGCCUUGGUUUGGCAAUGCUGGUGGCUUUGAUUGAGUUCUGUUACAAGUCAAGGGCCGAGGCGAAACGAAUGAAGAUGACCUUGAAUGAUGCCAUGAGGAACAAGGCAAGGCUGUCAAUUACAGGAAGUACUGGAGAAAAUGGACGUGUUAUGACUCCAGAAUUUCCCAAAGCAGUGCAUGCUGUCCCUUACGUGAGUCCUGGCAUGGGAAUGAAUGUCAGUGUGACUGAUCUCUCGUGAUUGAUAAGAACCUUUUGAGUGCCUUACACAAUGGUUUUCUUGUGUGUUUAUUGUCAAAGUGGUGAGAGGCAUCCAGUAUCUUGAAGACUUUUCUUUCAGCCAAGAAUUCUUAAAUAUGUGGAGUUCAUCUUGAAUUGUAAGGAAUGAUGAAUUAAAACACAACAUCGUUUUCUACUCGAGUUACAGACGAAGCUUGGUGGACAUGCACAGCUAACAUGGAAGUACUAUAAUUUAACUGAAGUCUUUGUACAGACAACAAACCUGUUUCUGCAGCCACUAUUGUUAGUCUCUUGAUUCAUAAUGACUUAAGCACACUUGACAUCAACUGCAUCAAGAUGUGACAUGUUUUAUAAAAAAAAAAGAAAAAAAUUAAAAUUUAAAAAUAUUUUUAGGUAUUUUCACAAACAAACUGGCUUUUAAAUAAAUUUGCUUCCAUAUUGGUUGAAUAAGACAAAAAACAAUUAAACUGAGUGGGAAGUGAAUGAAAAAGGCUUUAGGUACCAGUUCCUUAUUUUUCAAAGCCAAAUAUGUAAAUGCUAAGGAAAGAAAACAAAGAGGAGAUUUCAAUCUUGUAACUUAAUAUUGUUAUUAAAACUUUAAUGUAUCCUAUUCUUUAACAUUUGGUGUUAAUAUAAAAUUACUUGGCAAUGCUUGACAUUUGAAAUAAACAUUUUUCUAUUGUUUUAUUUGCAAGUGGUCCAAUUAAUUUUGCUUAGCUACAGUUUGGUCAUAAAUCAAGUGAGUUUAAAGACACUACCAACUUGUUAGGUGCCCAGAGAAAAUUUCUCCCUUUUAAAAGGCCAGGUGAUUUUUGAGGUAUAGUCCUGCCCCAGAGUAAUAUCUGAAUCUGUUUUUGACACAUCUAAAUAUAUAUAAAGAAAUGUUUGUUAACUCAAAAGCAUUUAAUCUAUGUAGAUUAAUGCUAAUAGAUUUUAAAAGCUAAUAUUAACAAUUAUCAGAAUCUGUGAAGUUCCAUUUUUAAAGUGUUUGAGCUUACAGAAGAGAAAUAUUCAUUGUAAAUGAAAUUAGAAAUGCCUUGAAAGUAAUUCUUAAAAUAGUUGCCCAUUGAUUAAAUACCAUAAACUAAAUAUAAUUUUACCUUUAAAAUUAUCAGAACUGUCAUAAACCUUAUGUAUUAUGACUAUUUUAAAUAUGUUUGAGUCACCUGCAAUAUAGUUUCAUUCCAUUGACAUCAAUUAUAAACAACCCUAAUAUAUUAUUUUUGUAUUUAUUCCUCAGGUGGAAUGGCUAUUUGAAUAUGCGCAGUGUGGAUAAUACGUCACAUUUCUGUAGCUUUUGACUAAAGAACCUAUAUUUCUCUAGUUAAUGAAUUUAAGAGAUCUGUCUUUCCCUUCAUAAAAAUACCUCUUAUUUCCAUUAAAGCCCCUCAAGCUUAAUUAAUUUAGGAUUUUGAAUAAUUACUGACAUCCAAUUUUUAUUUUUAGUAUUUGUAUUCUUGUUAUUUCGUCAAGAAAGCCUUUGUGUAGCACUUGGUAUUUUGCAAAGUGCUUUUAAAACAUUCUUACUUACUGAAUUUCAUAGAAGGGAGGAAAAAUGUAGAGUUAAACAGCAACCACUUGCAUUGGCCAUGAAGGCAUGUGGUAUCAUGAUAUUCUUCACUAAAUUUAGCUGUCCCUAAUCACAGAUUCCAAGGUAAUACAAUAUAAUUUUAGUGUUUCUCUCCUCAUCAGGAAUGCUGGAGGUGCAUUUUAAGUUUUAAUAAUAAGUGCUAGAAUGACCAAAUUGCAGACUAAUUGUUUCCAUAUUGUACUUAAAAUGAGUUUUUAAAAAUGAAAAAGAAAUGACUAUAUACAAUUAAUGCUAUUUAUUGUACCUCUGGGCCUACUCUUCUAAAAAUUGUAGCUUAUCAAUUUUUCUCUGUCAAGCUUGAACUAAUGUAAAUAAUUGAAAUAAUGUAAAGUUAUAUUUUCAUGUUUUUAUAGAUACAACAUGACAAGAAUACGUAAUGUAAGAGUAUUUCAAGUAUGGAUAAUGUUGAUUGAAUAAUGCACAUCUCAAUUACAAGCAGUAAUCAUAGUUUAAUAUCCAUGUAACGGUGCAUCAAUAUAUUGCUAUAUAAAUAUGUUUGUGUGCAUAUAAGUGAAAAGUGGUCAAACAAGACUGAUGACAGCUGUCUAAAGGUUUUUUUAUUCAUUUUAUAUAAAAACUGUUAUGGAAAGACCAAAAUGUUUAUGAAAUAUUCUUAUGUAAAUUUACAAUUGUCCUUUACUGUACUUUUUUGUUUACAGUAUAGUACCUUAUUUUCUGCUGUGUUAAGUGGGUGUCGAACUCCAAGAAGACAUACACUUUCUAUAACUUCUAUUGAAGAUAUUGGAAUUUCCAAUUUUUCAUGUGUACUAUGUCAGAAAAUGCUUUCGAUUUUAUUUUUAAAUCUAACAUCGGAUGGCUUUUCUGGAGUGUUGUAAAAUCUUCAAUCAUACAUAAAACGUGUUCUUACAAAAGACAAAGAUCUUAAUUUUUUUUACUUAACAGUCCUUCAAAUGAAUAACAGUGAGAAACCAAAAAGUGUAUCUAAGUUUAUUCCCGAGCAAACUCAACUGUUUAUCUGUGCUCAAUUUAUAUAUCAGCUAGGUAGAAAUGUAACAGAAUAAAAAUAACUGUUUUGUAAGCUAAAAUAAUUAACAGUUCAGGCAAUUCAUACCUACCAUCAUUAAGUGCUUCAGGUAGAUGUAGGAAUAUGGCUAUUAAUUAUAUUACUAAUUUUAUUAUAGGUAUACUUUGCUGCUAAAAUAUCAUGCAAUCCUAUCACCAACCAUCCCACUGUAUGUUUUCAGUUCGUCUGCUGUGAUAGUCAUAUUAAAGAGCAGAAAGGUGACUUACUUUAAAAAUUCCAAAAUAUGUUUACAAAAAGGUGUUCUUUCAGUAUUGUACUGAGACUGUUAAUAAGAAGCUAAAACUCUUGCCGUAUUUUUUUUUACAAAGUUAUCAUUUUUAGGUAAUUCCAUUCACAAAUAUUCUAAAAUUAUUAAGACAGUUUAGUUUUUCAAAAUUACACAUUAAUAUAUUUUAAUUUUAUGGAUUUUAAUAGGUUUAAUGUUUCAUGCAUAAAUAUAUCAAUGUAUCUGCUUAAGGAAACAGCUAGAGAUCUUAACUUUCAAAUCUGCGGAUACUUUAAAUAUUUCGGUGGCCAUGAUAGCAAAUAGGAAAAAUGAAGGGAAGCAUUAACAAUAUAAGAACGCUACAGGAUGAUUUCCAAUCCAACAUCUUAACAAUAUCAUUUUAAAAACACUUGCUGAAAUUAUUAGAAUAUGACACAAUGUGAUUUCUCCUCUUUCUUUUACUCCCAAUCUCACCAUUUCCUAGAGGUGCCGGUCUAGUAAGUUUAAACAAAUAAGUCAAGUAUCACUCCUAGGUGAGAAUGUAUUACUGGUUAUUUACGUUUUUUCUGCUGGAUAAAAUUGAUUAUAUAUUUCUUUUUGAAGUAAGUGGUUAGAUUAACUUAGCCACAUAAGUUGUCUAUAUUAUCAAUCUUAAUUGAUAAUGUAUGAUUAUUAAUAAUAUUCUAUGAGCUUCAGAGAGUAUAUUGGUUAUAUUUCACAAAUUUUAUAUGUACUCUCAACAAGCUUAUUAAAGGAAAUAUCAGAAUAAUACAAAUAUCUGUUUAAAAGUAGAGCAAAUUUUGUGCAAAGAGUUCUCAUAUUUAAAAUGAUUUAUUUUUAAUCACCAACAUGAAAGAUGGGUAAGUAUAAAUGAAUCAUCAUGAUAUGAAACUUUGUAAAUGCAUGGAAAUAUUUGUAAAAGUCGUAUCACAUUUUAAGCAGGAGGGGAUUCAUUGUCUUAAUAUGUCGUUUUGCUCAGACCAUGACAACAGAAAUUCUAUUAGAUUCCAAUCAGGAAAUUAUACUUUCUCUAUUUCUGUGUUUUAAAAAUCAUAGACAGCAUAUGGCACUCCAAGUACAUAAAGGUUCAAACGUAUUUAGGUGAGCAUGAUGAUAUUUAAACAGGGAGACUGAAACAAAAGCUCUAAGAUCCAGUAAAUAUAGAAAAGUGCCUAGAGUAAAUCUAUUUCAUAAGAAUGUGUGAAUGUGUUUUAUAUCCUGUCUCUAUUUAUUUCCUUCUUGCUUUACCAUUUUAUGUUCUCUUCUUGCCCUUAAAUACUACUGCCAUUUUUAUGCCUACUAUACUUUCAAUGGUAUCUCAUUUUUUAGUUUCAUUCUUUUUGCUUUUUUAAUGUUAUUUCAUCCAUUUCUAUCUUGUCUAUUGAAACAGAUUUUGCUUUGUGGGCACUUGGAAUGCAGUUCAUUUUGUCAAAGACAUGACUGACAGUUUCAGAGUCUACUUAUAACUAUAAUAAAUGACUAAGUAUUUCUCUCUUGAAAUAAAAAUUUCUUGUUAAGCUCUAUUUCAGUAUUUCCCACAUAUUCUCAUUCCAUAAUUGCAAAUUUGUUAUAUUCCUCCUGGUUCUUAAAGAGUUUCACAAUUUAUAGAGUUUCUGUAGAAACGAGGGAAGGAGGAAUGAGAACUCUAUUUGAGUGUUUGAUCAUCAGAAUUCCCUUUUAAAGCUGCUUGACACUCAGCACAAGCCAAUUCUCUAUUUAUUUCACUUUCAAGCACUUCCAGAUUAUUCCUUAAUUGCCUCUUUUCCCACUAGGUAUAAGUAAAUUUUGCUAUUUCAGAGCCAAAUUGCUUUUUCGAUGUGCAUAAACUCACUAUUACUUCAUUGGAUAUGCCUGAAUUCACUGAAUGAAUUUGGUCAUCUUUCUUUCUUUUUUUUUUUUUUCCUUUCAGGUUAAUGUGCCAAUUUCAUUUUACUGUAAAUUGGAAUGUGGGGGAGCGGAUUAACUCUUCAGUGGUAGUCAAAAGCAGGAUUCUAGUUUUAUCUUCCCUUUUUCUUACGCUUCUCUUUGUCUCCUCAACUGGAGUGUUUGGACACUAGGACUGUCUAGCUGGAACGAAGAAAGGGAAUUUGAUAUGAUUAUUAAACAUAGAAUGCUACAUUGUAUCUUUUAAAAAUAAUGAUUUGAAGAAAAUGGGUUCAUGAUUGGAUUGCCACUUGGUACAGAAAAUGUUUUUGGCAUCCAGAUCCCCAUUUGUUCAUCGUCUCAAAGCAUUAGUAAAACAGUUCUGUCUUGUAACAUUCAUUACUUAAUUAAUUGAUUAACUCCACCUGAUAAUAUUUAUUGGCUUUCUUCUUGUAUAAAUAUUUACCAAGGUAAGGGCUAAAUUUGAAGCCUCUAUUCUGAGGAUUAAGUGUUAUAUAUUCAUUAAAGGAUGUAGGUCUUUGAUUCCAUUCAUGUAGAAAUAAUAUUAUGAUUACUUGAAUUACUCUGUGACAGUUAAGAAUUUUGUAUUUUCUGUCCAAUGAUUUUUAACUGACAAUGUUCAAAAUUUCAUUUAGAACACAUAUUUGAUAGCAUUCAUCAACAAUCUUAAAAAUUGACUCAUAUUUUUUUCUUAUACAAAUCUUAGAUUGUGUAAAUUGUAUACCUAUAAAUUUAUUUGCCAUUCAUUCAAUAUUUUUAUCUCUAUUCUCAAACAGUCUAAUUAAAUCCAUUAACAGAUAUCAGAGUUUGGUUAUCCUAAAUUUCUGCUUCAUGUAUAGCUUACAUAUCUAUAUCUAGUAUGUAUUUUUUUGUGUGUGUGUUAAUUCAAAAAACAUUCAAAUAUUUUUGCUUAGCAGCUAAACAGCAUCUUAUAUGCAAAUGAAAACAGCAAUUAAAUAA